AGUUGGAUUAAUUUCAUUUCUCUCUCCUCUUACAAAUAUAUCAGCCAUGGCGGAAACCGAACUCAGUUUAUCGGAAACCGCCAUGGCUAUAUAUUUAUAAGAGGGAAAAGAGAAAAGAACAACUGCAGUGACUGCAGUUUCUCGGCCCCUACAUAUGGUGAUUUGCAGCGGCACAAGACUGAAAAGCACAAAAAUAUUCAGGUUGUCCAUAAAAAGAAGAAUGAAGCCAUGAAGCCUAGUAGGCAGAAACUAAAGGGUUCUGGUAUGUUGUAUGGAAGAAAAUGCCGUACUCGUGAGGAUAUCGAAAUACUCAGAGCUCGUAUUGGUACACAUUUGCAAGAAGAAUUGCCAAAUCUGUCUGUUGAGGAAUCGGUAAAUGUUCAAGAACGAGAAGAAGAGUUUCCUACACUACAUGGACCUGGCCUCGACCCCAAAGUGAUGAAGCGGUUGAGCGAGAUGGCUCCUGAUUAUGUAACUGAGACUUUUCUUGCCGAUAACAUUGAUGAGCCGACUUCCCAUCGUCUGAGGCUGCUUCAAAGAUUGAGAGCAAAUGGUCUAAUGGAGAUGGAGGUUGCGGCUGAUGGAAACUGCCAGUUUAGAGCGCUAUCAGAUCAAUUGUAUCACAGCAGUGAGAACCAUGAUUAUGUCAGGAAGUUGAUCUUGAACCAGCUGAAGUCCCAUCCGGAACUGUAUGAACAAUAUGUUGACAGGGAUUAUGGGGAAUAUUUGGAGGAGUUGUCCCGAUCUGGUAGUUGGGGGGAUAACGUUACACUACAUGCUGCUGCGGAUGUGUUGGGAAUCAAAAUUAUUGUGGUAACAUCUCAUCCCAAUGUAUGUUACUACCAGAUUGACCCUAACGAUGGAGAACCAACUCGAGUUGUUUGCUUGAGUUUCUCUGACGGGGGCUUGCAUUACAAUUCUGUACAUCAUGUUGGUGAAGAUGUGGAGGAAGAUCCUCCUGAUCAGGUACCCAUACAAGAGGAUGCGUCAGAUUCAAAGGAUAUUUGUUCUAAACAUACUGAUGAGGCGGCUUCUCAUCGCCAAAGGCUGUCUGCCAGUCUGAAUGAGAAUGAAGACAAUGUCAAGGUUGCACCAGCUCCAAUCGUGACAGCAGCGUCGUGGAAGAGUUGCUGUGCACUCUUUGAAGUUUUAUUUGGCUUCAAGGCUACUUAGACGCAAUACCGCCGAAAACAGGACAAUGGUUUACUCGUUACAAAUUAUUUGCUAGAACAACUAAUUGUUAAGAUUGACACCAAAACAAUUAUAUUACUAAUUAUAAUCUAUGGCAUCUUUUGGACAAUUUUUCUCA